AUGGCCUGUGCUCCCGAUGCCAAGCAGUCGACCUUUGGUACCGCCGGACCGGUCGCUGAAAAGCAACUGCUUCUCUUUAAUGUUCUUCUCUGGGUGAUGGUCGUUGUAUUCCUCCUGGUGGAGGGUGUGCUCCUUUACGCCGUCAUUAAAUUCCGCAGACGCCCCGGCAACGAGGAAUUGCCGCCCCAGACCCAUGGCCAUACAGCCCUUGAAAUUACCUGGACCAUAAUCCCGACUGUACUUAUUCUAGGUCUGGGUAUUUGGUCGACUAUUACGUUGUUUGAAUUGGAUCAGCCUCCUCCGGGCGCCGAUACCCUUGAAGUGACUGCGGUUGGUCAUCAGUGGUGGUGGGAAUUUGAGUAUCCAGACGCCGAUGGCAAUGGCAAGCGGAUAACCACGGCCAACGAACUGCGGAUCCCAGUAGACCGGGCCAUCCAGAUAAACCUGCGAAGCGAUGACGUUAUUCACAGCUUCUGGGUGCCGAAACUCGCCGGCAAGGUUGACGUGGUCCCGACUCGAGAAAAUUAUAUGUGGUUCCAGGCUGACGAAACUGGGAUCUUUUACGGCCAGUGCGCGGAAUUCUGCGGAACUGCUCACGCCCAGAUGAAGUUCCUGGUCCAGGUGUUGCCCCAGGAGGACUAUCUUGCCUGGGCAGAGGGAUUUGGUGAAGCGCCCGUGCUUUCUGCACAGGCACAGGCGGGCCAGUUGGUUUUCAACAGCACAGGCGGUUGUGUCGUCUGCCACACUGCGACCGGUUCGGACUCACCGGAAGUUGUUGCCGGCCGGGUCCAGGGUUUCAUGACCAGCGAUACGGGUAUUGCACCGGGACCGAAUCUAACAGAUCUGGCGACCCGUGAGCGAUUCGGCGCCGGUCUGGCAGACCUGAAUCGACAAAACCUGAGGCAAUGGCUCAGGAACCCGGAGGACAUCAAGCCGGGUAACUACAUGUCAGAAAGAGCGGCUAUUUACCAAACUGCCGACGGAAGGUCAAACCUGAGCGAAGAAGAGAUUUCCUCUUUGCUGGAAUACUUGCUUAGCUUACAAUAA